AUGGAGGACUUCAUUGACUUAACCAGAGAAACCAGACCAAGGCCAAAGGAUCGCAAUGCAAUCUGUGUGAUUGACCUGACAAGAACUGAGGAAGAAAACAGACCUAUUGCCACUCUUGACUUGACUCUAGAACCUGUUGCUCCUUCCCAGAAGGAGUCAACCAAUCUUCAAACAUGUGCCAGCCUCUCCAGCAAAGAGGCGAUGGAAGGGCGGGUGGGCAGAAGCUCUUGGCCUGCGGCACGGAGAAUCAUUAACAGCGACCCUGUGGAUUUGGACCUUUUGGAGGAAACCACAUUUGAAGGCUCCCAACCCCCUGCACCCAUCAGUGGGGACUCUGUUUAUCCAGCACAGCCGAACUGUAGCUCAACUGCAUUCAAAGAUGACUUCAGCUUCUUGGCAGGCCUAGAGCUAUCUUCAGAUGUUCACUCCCUCUCCCCAGUAAGCAAUAAUGGUCACAGCAGCAAUCACAGGGUGCCCUUGCCAUGCCCACAGCAAGAUGUACCUUGCCCACCACAAGCCUUGCCAUGCCCACUGCAAGCCUUGCCAUGUCCACCACGAGCCUCCUCCUGCCCACCACGAGCCUUGUCGUGCCCAUCACAACCUGUGCAGUGCCAACUACAAGCUUUGCCUAACCUGCCUCAAGAAAUGCCAUGCCUUCAGAAUAUGUCAUGCCCUCAGCAAAAUAUGACAAGCCCACCUCAGGACUCAUGGCAUCCUCAACAUUUACCAUGCCCACCUCAGGACUCAUGGCAUCCUCAACACUUACCAUGCCCAUCUCAGGACUCAUGGCAUCCUCAACAUUUACCAUGCCCACCUCAGGACUCAUCAUGGCAUCCUCAACACUCACCAAGCCGACCUCAAAAUACAUCAUGGCAUCCUCAACACUCACCAAGCCGACCUCAAAACACAUCAUGGCAUCCUCAACACUCACCAAGCCCAUCUCAAGACUCACUCUGCCCGUCUCAAGACUCUCUGGGCCUACCUCAAGGGGUACCUGGCCCACCUCAAAACAUAUCCUAUCCACAAGAUGUGGCACACCUGCAAGACAUGCCACAGUUACUGGGAGACAUGCCACAGCCACCAGAUAUGCCACAGUCAUCAGGAGACAUGUCACAGUCAUUGCGAGAUGCUCCACAGUCACCAAGAGAUGCUCCACAGACACCAAGCUAUGCACCGCAAUCACCAAGAGAUGCACCACAGUCACCAAGAGAUACACUGCAGUCACCAAGAGGUGUGCCACAGUCACCAAGAGAUGCACCCAGAGAUACACUGCGAUCACCAAGAGAUACACCACAGUCACCAAGAAGUACACCACGGUCACCAAGAGAUAUACUGCGGUUACCAAGAGAUGCACCGAAGACACCAAGCUAUGCACCGCAAUCACCAAGAGAUGCACCACAGAUACCAAGAGACGCACCGCGGUCACCAAGAGGUGUGCCACAGUCACCUAGAGAUGUGCCACCAUCACCUAGAGGUGCACCCCAAUCACCAAGAGGUGUGCCACAGUCACCAAGAGGUGUGCCACAGUCAACUGGAGAAGUCUCACAUUUACCAGAUGUGCUGCGUUCACCUGGAGACAUGCCACACUUGCCAGGAAACAGGCCUAACUCUCCCCCAAAUGAUGUACAGAACCAUGACACUCCUAUGGAUGUCUCAGCUCCGUCUUCUCCAAGUUGCUCUCUCAGCCCACAGUCUCCACAGUCUAAAACCUCCUUAGAGAAAAUUCCCUGGCUCUCUGUCCCAGAAACUCCAGCCAGAAAGGAGAUAGCAAUGUCAGAGCCUGCCAACCCCGGGUCUGCCCACAUACAAGCACGAACACCACCAGGCGUGUUGUACAACAGACCCUGCCUGCAUAGACUGAAGUACUUCUUACGACCUCCGGUGCAUCACCUCUUCUUCCAGACACUAAUACCCGAUAAAGACGUAAGAGAGAACAAGGGUCAAAAAUUAGAACCCAUCCCCCAUCGAAGACUAAGAAUGGUAACAAACACCAUUGAAGAAAAUUUUCCCCUGGGGACGGUGCAGUUUUUGAUGGACUUUGUGUCACCCCAGCAUUACCCUCCCAGAGAAAUUGUGGCUCACAUCAUCCAGAAAAUCCUGCUCAGCGGCUCUGAGUCCGUGGACGUCCUAAAGGAGGCCUACAUGCUUCUCAUGAAAAUCCAACAGCUCCAUCCAGCUAACGCCAAGACAGUGGAGUGGGACUGGAAGCUGCUCACGUACGUCAUGGAGGAAGAGGGACAACAUCUGCCUGGGCGAGUCCUUUUCCUGCGUUAUGUGGUACAGACCCUGGAAGAUGACUUCCAGCACAUCCUGCGGAAGCAACGCCAGCACCUGCAGCAGUCCAUUGCAAACAUGGUGCUGUCCUGUGACAAGCAGCCCCACAAUGUCAGAGAUGUGAUCAAGUGGUUGGUUAAAGUGGUGACGGAAGGUGGAUUAACUCAGCCCCCAAAUGGGAGUCAUACCUGUUCGGGAACAGGCACCAUGAAGGCCAGCAGUAGCCACGCUUCUCCCCAGCCUCCUCUGACGAAGAACACCACUCAGGUGUAAGGGCAGAAGCUGCCUUUGCUAGGGCUGCUGGGAUUGACUGUAGAAACAGCCCCACUCCCUAAGAGCAGUUCCCCCAAGUUAACAAGCCCUGAAACAGAAUGAUUCUUACUAAAGACUAUCUUGUUUGAUCAAAGGCUAAAUUUCUAAUUCCAAAGGUAGAACAACAGCAGAUGCUUUCCCCUAGAUGGAUAGGAGAAACACAAAUUUAAGUGAACACAAAUUUAUAAACUGAAGUGAAACAAAAAACGAGGAUACAGCCCUCCCUUUCCUGGACACCAAGAGACAGUGCAGUUACAGCUGCGCAUCCUUCAGCUUCACUGACAGAAGAGAAGGGAUGGGUAGUGGGCGAUCGGCAGCCUCUAGUCCUCGAGGACCUACGUCUCUCUCCUCCAGUCCUGGGAGGAGUCUGGCCGUUCAACCUGCCGGUUCUACCAGGUUAUAACAGCAGUGGUUCAGACCAGGCCGGUCCCAGGACCUCAGACAGCACUGGAAAGAGAUUCCUGGAGUUCUUUUAUGGGGUUGAGAGUGGUCUUGGUAUUUUUUGAGAGAUGCCAAGAUUUUAGCGGCUGGAGCUGCCCUUAUACAAGUAACCCUCUAUCCUGUGUCAGUCAUAUUGUGAGAAAUCAGUCACACUCGGCAUUUCAAACACAGCACUUGUGCUUAAAUUCACAACGCUAUAUUACAAUCUAGUUGCACAGAUUUUCAUAUAAGGCCUAUGGGUUUUGACUAACUUAGGAGACAAUCUUGUAUCAAAAUGGAGAAUGUCUUGGAGCAAAAAAGCAUUGACUUGGGCAGCCCUGAAGUAGGGUUAUCCCAGAACCCGUUUACAGAUACAAGAGAGGCCCACAUAGUUCCUUUAAGGGAAGCUAAUCUCACAUAAAUAAUAGUAAUGAGAAAUUGAUCAUAAGUGAAUACUAAUAGAUCUUACCAACAAUAAUAGGCACUACUGUUUAUCAUCAAUGACCGCCUGUCUGCCAGAUGUCCCUCAGAGCACUCACAACUUUCUGAACUAGGCCUGUCAGUAGCUUGUCAACAGGUGAACAGCUUGUCACUGCCGGCCCAGAAUCUAAGGCCCACGCCUCUGGUCCACCUAUUGUGUUACCGCCUACAGAUUUCCUGCCAACAGCCCUCUCUUCCAUCACAAUAAUAAUGCAUGUUAGAAAAGGUGGACUUUCUGAGAGGUUGUCCAGAUUCCUUCUGCCAUAUCAGCUGGUGAGGUCUCAUGGGAGAGGGCCUCGUUCCAUCAGUUGAAGUUCUGAGAAUGAACUGAGCAAAAGAUUAAUGUAAAGGAAUCAGUAAUAGGAGAAAACUAUAUGGUAAAUAUCUACAGGGGUGGGCAAAGUAGGUUUGCAGUU